UGCCAGCCAGUCCUGCAGUCCCCUGGAGAAAGGCCGAAAGGUGAAUGCUCACUUAAGAGGGCUGGGCAGACAGGACUUGUGGCGAGAUGGAGGCCUCCCAGAGCCUGUAUGAGACCCCCUCAGACUCUUUGGACACUUUUGUGGAGCAGAGCCUUCAGCCAAAGGGGGACUGGAAGGAGGAAGUGCAGGAUGCUUGGCAGAGAAUCUGUAAGUUCUUAAGGGAUCACUGCUUCCAGGAUGAGCCACUGCUGAGCUCGACCCGAGUGAUAAAGAUAGUCAAGGGUGGUUCUUCUGGAAAGGGGACAACACUGAACCAUACCUCCGACGUGGACUUAGUCCUGUUCCUCAGCUGCUUCUCCAGCUUCCAAAACCAGGCGCUGCUCCGUAAAGUCAUCAUUGACCUCAUCGAGUUGAAAUUGACUCAAUAUAGCAAGACACUGGCCUACAGCAUCAGCAUAGUCCACCACAGAGAGGGGAAGAGGGACCCCCGAUCCCUGUCCUUCCAUGUGCAGGCCAAGAAGCGCAGUGAAGCUAUUAAGGUGGACCUGCUCCCAGCUUUCGAUGUUCUAGGAAACAUGUGUCCAGAUACAUUAAAAAAAUCACCAGAAAUCUAUGAAAACUUAAUAAACAGCUAUUCCCACCCUGGGGAGUUCUCACCCAGCUUUGUGGUGUUGCAGAGACGCUUUGUGAAGAGUCGCCCUGCUAAGCUGAAGAAUCUGCUGCGGCUGGUGAAGCACUGGUACCUGCAGUGUUUGAAACCUAAAUAUCAAAAAGUAGCACUGCCCUCAAAAUAUGCGAUGGAGCUACUGACUAUCUACUCCUGGGAAUGGGGUACAAGUGAAAGUGAGAACUUCAACCUGGAUGAAGGAUUUAUAGCUGUGAUGAAACUCCUCCGAGAAUAUGAAGCUAUCUGCAUAUAUUGGACCAAGUACUAUGAUUUCCAAAAUAAGGUUGUCAGAACCUUUAUCAAACGACAGUUGAAAGAAAGCAGGCCCGUUAUACUGGACCCAGCUGAUCCCACCAACAACCUGGGCAAAACAAGAGGAUGGGACCUGGUGGCCAAGGAGGCUGCUCACUGCCUGAAGCAGGCCUGUUGCAGAACUGAAGACCCCACCGAAGGCUGGCACGUACAGCCAGCCAGGGAUGUGCUGGUGACAGUGAGACAGAGAGGGGAGAAAGCCCACACCCUCUCGGUGAACCCUUACCAGCCCAUCUGGAAGAUGAAAGCGGAGCUCAAGAAGAAAUAUUAUUGCAGUGGGAGGCAGCGUCUCUCCUUCCAGGAGCGUGGGGAGGAGCGGCAGCUGCUGAGCAGCCGGAAGACCCUGGCAGAUUACGGGAUCUUCUCCAAGGUGCGCGUCUGGAUGCUAGAGACCUUCCCUCCGGAGAUCCAGGUCUUUGUGAAGGAGGCCAGUGGCCGCAGCAAAUCUUACGCCGUUGAGCCUGAUGACACCAUCCGUGACUUGAAAUAUAAGAUUGAGGAGGCUGGAGGGCCUCUCGCCAACAGCCAGACCCUGAAGCUCCCAGAUCGGAAGGUGUGGAAUAGCAGCACCCUUUCCGACCUGCAGAUCAAGGACUGUGACACCAUCAUGAUGUUCAUUAAGGGAGACCGCUAGUCCCCACGAAUGCCCAUGGAGGCAGGAGAGGUCCAAUGUGAACGGCUACACCCCACAUCCCACUCCUUUCUCCCCACACCACUCCACUUUUCUGAGGCAUAACUAAGAACACACAUUUUAACCUUGAAUCAUCAAGGGCCUUUUCAUCUCAAGUGAUGGAGACCCUAUUCAAAUUAAGUUGAAGCGGGCCUCCCUGGUGGCGCAAGGGGUUAAGCACAGCACUGUGAAGCUAUCCACAGCCUCUGCAGCAGGAGUUCGAUCCCCGGCCAGGAAGCCGACCCACAUGGUGCAGCAGACCUCUCCUGUCUUGCCCGCUGCUCCCCUCAGCAGUGUAUUUCAGUAGAUCUGCCCGUUCUGCUCCCCACUCUGUCUCUAGUGAAUCCUCUCACCCCCCACACCUCUGGCCUGUGCCCCAAUUCCUUGUAU